UUCAACUAACGCAAGACAAUUGUUGAAGCAUAACCAAACAACUGGAUGGAUUGGGUUUUGAUAAAUCCUUCGUUUAAUUUCCGCCAGCAAAUCGCCUUCAGCAAGAAAGUGAGGUCUAUCUGUCUAGCCGGAAUAACGGAUAAACUAUUCGGCCAGCAAACGUCUGGAAUUCGUCAACCAAAAACUAGGCUUAAAGUUUAAGAGGUUUACAGAAAAUUGUCCCAUCUAGUGAGGACAUCCUUCGUUGCUGUUCUCUGAGAGUGCUACGUUUAAAGAUAUUUGCCAAGUCCUACAAACACGAACAAAACCAGCGAAACGAUUUUUUGUUCUUUUUUAGAAUGAACUAUAAGAAACUUCAAGUCGUGGUCUGUUCCGAAGAUUUAGCGUUGCCGACCUGUCACCUGAAGGCUCUCAAAGCCACCUCUCCAAAUCCAAUUAGAGAACGGCAGAAAAAGCACACCAGAGAAACUAAUCCACAGGAAACGGCGAGAGUUAAGAGUCCGGACGUAGGUAGUUUAUCCUCCUGGUCAAGAUUUACUUUCGAUGCUGUAGCGACCGCGAUGGGCUGACGAGCCGAUCUCACCGACAACUUCGGGCACGAGGAAAUUUCUGACACCUGUCCGUUCUCACAGCGUUCCUCCUAUGUUCAAACUAUCACGUCAAGUGCUUCAGUGGCUUUAAAAAUCCUCGAAGACACCGCGGAUCUUCCAAUACAUUGGGACAGCUCUGACUAGACACAUCUCUUGUAAGAAAGUAGAGAACAACGGCUAGUUACUGGACAGUCGUGACAUUGGCGUUCUGAUUUCAUUUGUCCUCGACUUACAAGCUCAGUAUUGUAUUAUUUACCUUACAGAAGUGUAUUACUCCGACACAAUAAUGAUCUCUCGAGGUCAUAGCAGUAUAAAUCAGCUAGGAGGAAUUUUUGCCAAUGGAAAACCACUUCCCUUCCAUAUUCGUCUUCGAAUACUGGAGCUAGCACUGUUUGGUUAUAGACCAUGCGACAUCUCGCGGCAACUUUUGGUAUCUCACGGUUGCGUUAGUAAGAUACUUGCUCGGUUUACUGAGACGGGAUCUAUUCUACCCGGUGCUAUUGGAGGCAGUAAACCACGUGUCUCAACACCUUUAGUCAUCAAUAAAAUUCGCCAAUACAAAGAACAAAACAGUUCUUUGUUUGCGUGGGAAAUUAGAGAGCGGCUACUCUACGAUGGGAUCUGCGCACGUGACUGCUUACCAAGUGUGUCAUCAAUUAAUCGCAUCUUACGUCGAACCUUAGGUAGAAGCAAACCUCGUAACCACUUUCGUCACACACUUAAACCAGCGGCCUGUGAACCCGAUGCACGGACGAGGAGCGACCAAGAGCCUUCCCAAACGUCUCCAGUAUGGUCUACGUCUGAUCCACAUCAGGGCACCAGAAAAGCAGCGUUUUCAAUUCGAGAUAUUCUAAACCUUAAAGAAGAAAAUAACGAAAUAAAAUGAACUAUGCUUCCAGGACAUUAAGAUAUUUAAACAGGAAUACCAGUUUCACUGAAUACAGCUUAAACGUACACUGCAGAGGUGGCCAGUUAAGUAAUAACAGUAGGAGAGUCAGAUUUCUAGACGUGUCUAUAGUAUAUUCAGAUUGUGUGUAUAUGUAUAUAUAAAAAUUAAAAUAAAGAUAAUGGCGAUACUACUGA